AACUCGUCUGUCCGAUAAAGAAAGUUUUGCGGCAGUUUAGCUAGUUGGUCGGAUUCCGAAACGUAAAGCUAACGUAAUUAGCUAGCUAGUUAUGCUAACGCCAAGCUCGCUACAAAACAAAGAAAGUCGUGUCCGCUAUCGCGGAGAGCUAAACCCAUGUUACACCAUCGAGAGUUAGUAGCUCCCGUUCACAUAUUCGCACAGAGUGAAGUUAUUUUCAUUGAGUUUUUGUGAAAAUGACCGACUCGGUGGCCGAAUGGAGCUAGCUUGAGGGCCUCCUGCACGAAAGAAAAUGGACGGCAGCUAGCUAAGUGCUCUUCCUCUGUUUUCUCUUGUGGGAAGUUACGAUGGAAGAGUCCUGUCUGGAGAGUCUGCCGCUGAGCCAGAACUCCUUCAGGGAGCUGUGGGAGAGUGUUGCGGCCCCACUAAUCUCGACCAUACCGACCGUGGCUGAGCCCUCUGAAACAUGGGGCGUGCAAGGACAAAUGAAUAUGCUCCUCAUGAACGAACAAAUUCUGACUGAGGGGUUUGAUGAAAAUCUCUUCGAGCUGCCUCCGGAGAUGUCUACUAAAGACGGUGUCACUCCCCCGUCCUCCACCGUGCCGGUUACAACUGACUACCCGGGGGAAUACGAUUUCCAGCUGCGUUUUCAGAAGUCUGGAACUGCUAAGUCAGUCACAUCGACCUAUUCGGAGCUGCUGAAUAAACUUUACUGCCAGCUUGCAAAGACCAGUCCCGUGGAGGUCGUUGUCAGCAAGGAGCCUCCUGUUGGCGCCGUCCUCAGGGCCACCGCCGUGUACAAGAAGACUGAGCAUGUGGCCGAAGUGGUCCGCAGAUGUCCCCACCACCAGAAUGAGGACGCUGCUGAGCAUCGCAGCCAUCUGAUCCGUGUAGAGGGCAGCCAGAGAGCUCAGUAUUUUGAGGAUCAGCACACAAAGAGGCAGAGCGUGACUGUCCCUUACGAACCCCCACAGUUAGGAUCAGAGAUCACGACCAUCCUGCUGAGCUUCAUGUGUAACAGUUCCUGCAUGGGAGGAAUGAACCGCAGGCCCAUCCUCACCAUCCUGACCCUCGAGACUCCCGAGGGACUUGUUUUGGGCCGGAGGUGCUUUGAGGUGCGCGUCUGUGCAUGUCCAGGCAGAGACCGCAAAACCGAGGAGGAAAACAGCACCAAGAUGCAGAAUGGCACCAAACAAACAAAAAAACGGAAGAGUGUCCCUCUCCCUGAAAACCCCUCUGCGAAGAAGACCAAGUCGGUCUCCAGUGCUGAGGAGGAGGACAAGGAAGUAUUUGUUCUACAUGUUCGUGGUCGCGAGCGCUAUGAGAUGCUCAAAAAAAUCAAUGAUGGUCUGGAGCUGCUGGACAAGGACAGCAGAACCAAGACCAGGCCGUCCGUGAAGCAUGAAGUUCCUCUGCCUUCGAGCGGGAAGAGACUCCUGCAAAGAGGAGAGAGGAGUGACAGCGACUGAGAAGGUCAUUGCUUCAAUCAUGAGAACAAAGAGCAUGUCUUUCUCCCUCCAAGCCUUCAGGUUUAUUUCAGGUUUUCGUUAUAAUCCAAAACUUGAUUCCACAACUGUACUGCCUGAUUAUUUACUGUAAGUUCCCACGGUGGUUCGCUGUUUUUUUUAAUGUAUCCAAGUGAAUAAAGAUGAAAGUAUUGUGCAGAGGAGAGCUGUUCAUACCGUUAUCAGUUCUGCCUCCUCUUCAGAAUUCAUUUAAAGGUCCCAUGAAAUGACUUUGACGUUUUUAACCUUCUGUGCUUGAAACAGGAUGUUAUGGGUUUGGACUUUAAAUUAAAGCAGUGUUAAUCGUGGCAGGGAUUUUUUUUUUUUUUUUUUUUUUUAGUUAUUCUGAUUUAAAAAAAAAAUAAUCAGCCAUGUAUGAUCUCAUUAUGUCACAUAGAAAAGAUUUUCUAUAGUCUGCGGUGACGUUUCUGCUCACAGGGAACUGUCGCCAACAGUAAACACUAGAUUUGGUAGAUGAGGGGCUGGCACCCCAAAAGCCAAUCACCUUUUAGUAUUUGUUACUUUUAUACACAGCAGAGAGCAGAAACUGAUGUUUGGAACAAUGGUAAAAGAGGAAUAUUGUAUGUUAGGAUGUCCCAGCUGUAAUUGUAUGUUUGGUGUUUCUGUUUUCAGCCUCCAUGAGCACUUCACCUUGUGACCAACCACUGUCCGUCGCCUCGACCGCAUGUUUUUACACUGCCAUGUAAACUUAUAAAGGCAUUUUUUUUUUGUUUUAUUUCUGUACCUUUUUAUAGAUUAUUUUCGGAUCGUAGUUUUGUAAUAAGAGUUUUAUCUUUCUAUAUUUUUCAUUGUCAUUUUUUUCAUGCCUUUACUAAUUUGCAUUUUGUAAUCGAUGCUUCUGCCAAAAUAAAUGCCAACAUACAACUGUG